UUUCCGCUAUAAAUUGAGUUCUCUUUUCAAAAAAUGUUUCCUUCUUUGUCUGAAAAAUGUAUGGGGACAUUGCUAACAAAUUAAUACAGGACUCGAAGAGAUCAAGGGCAUUGGACUCCUUGCCAUUAUAUUCGAAUGAUUCGGUUCAGGCGAUAAUAAAGGAGAUCAAUCAUAUUGAGAAAAAAAUCCAAGAAAUACAGUCAGGUUUGUCAAAUGAUUCUCAGCCAAAUAGAGUGAAACAGUGUCAGUUAUUUGUUUUGUAUUUAUGUUUACGUAGAAACAAACGUAUUUUGUUGAGUUAUCAAAAGACAAGAUGUCUAUAUUUAAACAAAAUCAGCUGGGAAAACAUUCAAAUUUCAAAUGAAAAUAAUUUAUUGGAUAACUUGAGUUUUAAUGAACAGAUUUAUUUCAAGAAUUACAAUGACUUAAUAACAGAUUAUAAAAACGAAUUUGCUGAUAUUGACCUAACUGGUUCAUUAAAGCCUCCAAACGAAGUUUUUAUUGAUGUUCGAGUUCUCAAGGAUGUUGGAGAAAUUCAAACUGAAUAUGGUGUGUUUAACUUGACAAAAGACUCUCAAUUUUUUGUUAGAUACUCCGAUGUCGAAAAAUUAAUCAAUCAGGGUUAUUUGCAAAAGUUGUGAUUAAAAAAAUAUAUAAAUUACAUAAACUAUUUUAUUUUUCUAUUAAAUUAUUCAACUGUCUUAAAGUGUAUCCUGUAAAACUUUCAAAAGUUUUAUAAUAUUUUCCAUACUUCCAAAAUAAAUACAAAUGUGAGUUCAAAUG